UGCGCGUUCUCGAGUAGUUUCGGAACAAGUAGAGAACGACGAGUCUUCAUCGAGGAUUCUGCUCCGUGCUGUCUCUAUAUUUACAAACAGGCCUAAUUUUUAACGGCUACACAUAUUUUAAUACGUCACCAUGAAAAGAAGGGGGAACAUGUGGCUGUUCGUCGGAACGUUUGCAUUUUUGGUGUGUUUUUUUCAAGCCGAGGCUCUGACAGCGGGCUUCAUAAAAUCACCCUUGUCGCAGAUGAAACUGAUCGAAGACGGCGCAGAGCUUCAUUGUGAAGUCAUUGGCAAUCCCAUCCCUGAAGUUCAGUGGUGGUUCAUAGAGGGCGAGGAACCAGAUGAGUUUGUUACUCAGCUCUUUGACGGCGCACGAGAGGAACGUGUGCACAUCAAUGCCACCUAUAUCCACCACGCCGCAAGCAUACUCAUCCUCAACAACCUAACGCUCAACGACACGGGUGUUUACGAGUGCCGCGCAUCCAAUGACCCUGACCGCAACGACCUCAGGACCCCACCCAAAGUCAAGUGGAUUCGCUCGCAAGCGAAUGUUAUAGUGUUUGAACAUGCCAACAUUUUGACUGUUCCAACUGUGGUGAACAACAUGACCUCUGCAACUCUCAGCUGCAACCUUACCAACCCCACUUCUCCAGUUAAAGGCCACUAUUGGACCAGGAAUGGCAAGAUCAUUGACAACUCCAAAUCAUCCAGUUCAGGCCUUUACACGGAGUACACCAUUGAAAAGAUUGAUUACCACUUUUCUGGAAUAUAUUCAUGCGUCUUCCUAACAGAGCCUCGGGUUAAUAAAACCAUUGAAGUCAAAGCUCUCCCACACGUCGCAGCCUACAAACACAUUGAACACGGUAAUGAGAAUGACAAGGCUGUACUUGCAUGUGUGAGCCUUGGAUACCCCCUGCCUACUGACUGGAGUUGGUACAAGAUUUCCGAAGAUGGAACUGGGAUAAAGGUCGCCAUCACCAAUGGCACUGACGACAAGUAUGAAAUCAAGAACACCCCCAACAAGACCACACUGUACGUGAAAGAUCUGAAUAUCAACAACGACAUGGGCAACUACCAGUGCCAUGGUCUUAAUGAUCUGGGAUCAGCCCACGAUCAGAUUCAACUGCAUGUGCGCAGCCGCUUUGCUGCCCUGUGGCCCUUCCUUGGCAUAGUCGCUGAGGUCAUCGUUCUCGUCACCAUAAUUUUUGUCUAUGAGAAGAGGAGAAAGCCUGAUGAAAUCAGUGACGAUGACGACACAGUAUCCCCACUGAAGAGCAAUGCUGCCACGAACCACAAAGACAAAAACGUCCGGCAAAGAAACCCCAACUGAGAUUGGAGAAAAGGUAUCCUAAUGACUACUGUUGAAGAUAAGCAUUGAGUUGCUGAGUAGCACAUUAUAGUGCACCCUGAGAGUUAAACAACCUUUUGCUUGAGCUUAAAUGUAUUGAGAUUAAUUGGUCUAGUUUUACUUGUUAUUCUGAUCUGUAUUGUGCUGCCAGCAGAUGUUUUUAAAAGUAGGUGGGUGGGUGGGGGUUGUAGAUGAUUGUAUUCUAGUUGUAGAUGUGUUUAAUGAAGAUCUCUAAAUGUGGGAAUAAACUUUUUUGGGGUUUUGUCCUGGCUUUCUUCAAUGUUCCUCAUGAGUGUACAACUGUUUCUAAAACAUCUACCUUUUCACUGUUCAGAUGCAUGGUAGUUUGACAAUGUUCCAUGUCUACACAGAUCGCUGUAGCUGAAACUAUGGCUAAAAGGUUUCUUUGGCAGGAGUCAAAGGACCCGUCGUUCACUUUUUGGCUGUGAUUUUUCAUUUCUGUAAGCCUUAAUGUCUUGCCACUUUAUUGGAUUGUAAAAACAUGCCGUUUUUAAUCAUGGCAACAACUUAAUUUAACACCUUUUGUGUGCAGUACUCGUGUUUCUGCAUUUGAAAGCACACUGUACCAGAAUGGUCGAAUGCCACUUUUUUUUUUUCUGUUGGGUUAGCAAUUUUUUUCCAGUAAUCUCAAAGGCUUAUUUUUAAAGAUGCUUGAGUAGAUUUUGAUGUUGACUCCUAAGCUGCUACUAACCUGUAAGGACCAAGAGUUAGAAAGGCUUGCCAUUUGCUACUCCGAUAAUCAAAUAUGUAAAUUGUUGCCAAAAUGUUUAAAAUCUAAUAUUUAGGUCAAUGAGAUGGUAAUAUUAUUUAGAUAAGUCAGUGAAAGCAAUGUAUAGUGAAGGCUUAUUUUGUUGCGUAAUGAUACUGUACUAUAGACAGUUCAGAAGUUAUGCCCAAUACAUUGCGAUGCGUAGUGUCUGGAUGUGUGCCAUUUCCAAGUUGAAACCUUAUUAAAAGUGUAUUCAUUAUUUUGCCAUAGGAAAUCUAAUACACUGUACUAACUUGCACAAUCUGAAUAAACUUGUUUGAUUUCAA